AUGUCGGCAUUGCAACUUCAACGAGCAUUUGACACGAAUGGGCCUCGAGGAGCAGCCUUUUUUGGUCCGAUGAGUUUUCCUUUUAAGGACAAAACUCUGCAUCAACAACUUUUGGAUGGAACCAUUCCAUCUGUCAUGGAUCUCCGAAGCUCUGUUGGUUUUCCUGUGAAGGACGCGGCGCCAUUCAAUGUCUUUGCCAAGCAUCGCAUCAUGUCGGAUGCCGAUCAAGCAGAGGCUAUGUCCGAGAAGUUCGCCGAUUGGAAUGCAUCCACCCUCUCCGAAGUGGACAAGUUACAUCUUCUGGAAAAAACGGCGGCAACUCAUGGGGCUCCGAUUUGGAAUCAAGUCUUUGAUGAAGCGUUGGUCCGGCAAUACUUGUCGGGUGAUGUCUCGUCGUCCACUCAUUCUGUGGUGAUGUCGAUGAACCCAAUGACAAGAGCAGGCCCAGUACCGGCAACUUGCGACGAAUUGGCGGAGCAUCUGCUGCCAGUCAUGUUGAUUGGAAACUUGUCCAAGCUUCUGUUCUUGCCAGACGGAAGUUGUCCUGCUGUGGGAUUGUUCUGGCCGACUACCACUACCUUGGAAGAAUUCGUUGCAUCCUUGAGCACUGGAAAUGGAAUGGUGGUUCAUGAUGGAUUGUUGGCAUUUAUUGAGAAGCAGCGACCUCAUUUCGAGGAGGAGUGGUUCCAGCAGGUCAACGAAAACGCGAUUCCCUUACAAGUGAUGGCAGCAUCUGCGUUACCUUUAUGGGAGGCUCGGCCAUCGGCGGCACAUCCAGACGGCGUUGGUCUGUUGGAUGAGGAUGCUGCUGCCACGUUCAUGUUGCAGCAGCAUACGUUUCUCUCUUUGCUACUGUUGGAUACUGGGCUAUUUACAAAGUGUGGAAGACGCGAAACGAACGUUAUCAGCUGGCGGCGUGGAUCAGACACGCGGCACAAUGUCAUCCGGAUGAGGAAUUGGGAAUCAGGGCGCCAGAGCGGUUGCCAUUUCUGA